AUCGAUCUAUUUUGUGCAUGCUUCUAUUUCGAAAUAUUUGGCGUUCGCAACUCUCCAAGCUGCAAUGCCCACAACUCUCCUUUUCUUAUUCAUCCUUACAACAUUAGUUCAUUUCUCCCAUGCUAAUCCUCACUGCCCUCCUUCUUCGUGUGUCGUUAUUCGUAACAUCAGCUACCCUUUCCGCCUCAGGGGCGACCCCAGCCACUGCGGCUAUCUCAUAUUAACCUGUCGCCACAAUCUCACCUCCAUCUUUCUCAACUCUCGAAACUUCUAUGUCAAAGCCAUCGAUUACCAAAACUCCACCAUCAGAGUGGUUGAUGCUUCCCUCAACUAUGACAACAUAUGCUCUUCCCCCAGCUCUACUGUUCACCCCCGUUACUUUACCGAUAAUUCUGGUUACUAUUACUACACCCCAUAUUCAGUCAAUCUACGUGAUUAUGAAGACAUCUUUAUCAAUUUGAUGAGCUGCCCUAAUCCCAUGAAGAAUUCAUCCCUCUACACCAACAUUUCUACUAAUUGUUCUCGAAUAAAUGAUAGAUCAUAUUCAUAUAUAAAGGUCGGACACAUGAGUGCCUCAGAGCUACCGCAUAUGUGCCGACUAGAUCUCUUUCAGAAAUCCACCACUCUCUCUUGUAUGGAUUUGAACUCACCUUCUGCAACGACUGCGGAUCAUGGUCACCACCAUGGUCUGAUCUCUUCUGGUGGGUUACAUAUGCAGUGCUGCUUCGCCCAGCUACUCUAUUCAUUUUAGGGAUGCUAUGUGCAGUAAUAGGCCCUCCUUUAUUCACUCUCUUUGGAAUCGCAGCUCUAUCAACGGGCUUAUUUCUAACUUGGUGUCUAUACGACGACAUAUUCAUACAAUACGCCUAUGGUUUGUCAUCCGCUGAAAUAUGCAUUGCUUCGGUAAUAGGUUUGCUAUGUGCAGUAAUAAGCCCUCAUAUAUUCAUCCUGUUUGGAAUCGCAGCUUUAUCAACGGUCUUCUUACUUGAACCUUACCUUUUGAAAUACGGCAUAAUCUUACCAGCACGCUACCGUUUCCUAUUUGCUGGAGGACCCAUGGAAUUCGUAAUCGAUUUGAUCAUCUUGCUACCAAGAGUUAUCCUUUUUCCUGUUGCUAUGUGGCUUUUGAUCAAGAAAUUUCGGAGAAGGCAUAGGUCCAUGUAUACAAGAAUAGAAAGUUUCUUACGAAGUGACAACCAACUCACACCAAUUAGAUAUUCAUAUUCAGACAUUAAGAAGAUGACAGGAGGCUUUCAAGACAAACUAGGUGAAGGUGGCUACGGUUCUGUCUAUAAAGGGAAGCUCCGAAGUGGCUUUCAUGUGGCAGUCAAAUUACUUGAGAAAUCUGGAGGAAGUGGACAAGACUUCAUGAAUGAAAUUGCAACUAUUGGAAGGAUCCAUCAUGUCAAUGUGGUAAAACUUGUUGGAUAUUGUGCACACGGCUCCAAACGUGCACUUAUGUAUGAUUUCAUGCCCAACGGUUCCCUUGAAAAAUAUCUUUUCGAUAGAGACAAAACGAUCUCAUUGAGUUGGGAUAUGAAGUUUGAGAUUGCAGUUGGUGUUGCUCGUGGGAUUGAGUAUCUACACCGAGGGUGUGAUGUUCAGAUCUUGCAUUUUGACAUUAAGCCUCAUAACAUACUUCUUGAUGAUGACUUCGUCCCAAAAAUAUCAGAUUUUGGGCUAGCAAAGUUUUUCUCAACGGAUAAAACCACUGUGACUAUGACUGUUGCUAGAGGAACCAUAGGAUACGUUGCCCCUGAACUGAUUAGCAGAAGUAUUGGAGCAGUCUCUUACAAGGCAGAUGUGUAUAGUUUCGGUAUGUUGUUAAUGGAAAUGGUAAGUUUGAAGAAAGACUUGAUAGGGAACAAUGACAAUUCGAGUCAGUAUUUUCCGUAUUGGAUAUAUGACUACUUCAACCUAGGGAAGGGCAUUGAAGUCGUGAAUGGUGGUGAUGAUGAUAGUUGGAGGAAAUAUGGUCGGAAGAUGACAAUAGUUGCAUUAUGGUGCAUACAAAUGUGUCCUGACCAUCGUCCCUCAAUGAACAAAGUGUUGGAAAUGUUGGAGGGUGAUGUUGAACGUCUAAAUAUUCCCGAGUAUCCUUCUCAAUCUAUUCAAACCGCGGUAGUAGAUCAAACAUUUUCCACUGAUUCAGUAUCGUUGCUGGAACAUGAUGAUUCUUCACCCAGUGUUGAAAUUAUUGUUGAAGAGUUCCAUAGUUGCCAUAGUUCUGAAUUGCCUAAAUAUUGUAGUAACAUGUACUAGUAUUUAGGUUUAUGUGGGCCACAUGCUCUUGUAAAUUAAGUUUAUUAAAGAUGUGUUUGAGAUUUUAGAUUUCUUUCUUUGGGUUGUGAUUUGUGAAGUUAGCAUAUGGGCCUCGGCCCACUAAAA